AUGCAACAACGGAUAGAUCGUUUAGAGAGUUUGGUGAAGAGUCUGAUGCUUCAAAAUCAACAACCAAAGCCUCCAGAAGACUGCAAUAAUUCAAAUAAGCAUCACGAUGUUGAAAAUUUUGACGCAGAAACAAGAAAUGGUGGGGUCGAAGUAACAUCGCCAACCAGCACGGGUGAAACUGUGUUUGAUGGAUCGCAUUCUGUCUAUAAAGCCUCCGAUAACUGGAGUAAUGUUUUUCGCGAGGUCAGCGAGCUGAAGAGAUUUUGGAAUCAAAGCCAGGAUGAAUUAUCCGAAAAAGAAACCCAGCAAACUCUCUCUUACUACGUUGACGGAUCCGCCUUUUUGUCUGGAAGGAAAGAUGCGGUAAAUAAAACGGAUUUGUCUGCAGCUUUGCCACCGAGAUCUGAAGUCGAUAGCCUGAUCCGUCAAUAUUUUGACCAUAAGAAUUUUGCCAUACCUACUGCUCCUGUCGUAUAUCAGCAAAAUUUCAUGCAACAGUACGAAGAGCAUUGGAACAACCCUUCGGAUACCAGUGUGAUGUGGAUAGGUUUGCUGUUCUCAAUUCUCGCUGUGACGAUGCUGUCCUAUCAUUUGGCCGGAAAUGAACCACCGGAGUAUAAAGGUAGUUCUAGGGUACUCUAUGAACAGUAUCGUAUGCGAACGGCACAGUGUCUGAUGAAAGGAGAUAUUGCAAAGUGCUUGCCAUAUACCUUGGAAACGUUACUACUCAACACUACUGCAGAGCUGGCUAGGCAUGAUGACAACAGCCGCGGGCUUUGGAUGAUGACAGGUGUGGUAAUACGCGCCGCCAUCAACAUGGGCUAUCAUCGUGAUCCCUCGCAGAUAGCAUCGAUUUCGGUGAUGCAAGCGGAGUAUAGACGCCGCAUUUGGCUCGGCAUAGUUGGAAAAGAUUGUAUCGCAUCUUUUCUUGCCGGCUUUCCAAGUAUGAUGCCCAGAGUUUAUGCGGAUACACUGGAGCCACGAAAUCUAUACGACUGGGAGCUAACUCCAGACACCACCGAACUGCCAGAGUCACGGCCACUGACAGAAUGGACACCGGUCACGUACUUGAUCGCAAAAGGAAGGCUUUUGAAUGUCCUCGCGGGGAUUAGCGACCUGAAUAAUGAGCUAUUAUCAACUGACUAUGAUAAAGUUGUUGAGCUCGAUGAUCAACUAAGAGAGACAUAUCAGCAGCUUCCUCCUAAUAUGCUUGGCGUAGUUAUCGACUCCGAAUCUCAGAGCAAAGCGGCCAGUGAACUUUCAGCUGUGCAAAUGAAGUUCCUCUACCACCGGGCAAUGUGCGCUCUACAUCGAAGGUACGUUAAUAGAGGCAGAUUAGAAGCACGAUUUAAACUAUCUCGAGAUCGAUGCGUCUCGUCGGCACUGGAGCUAUUAGCCCAGCAGGAACUCUUCCAUAGAUUCGCAUUAAUACCAGGAUCGUUGUUUGUCUGGUACAACCUGUCGCAUGCCAGGCACGACUUCAUUCUGGCUGGGAUGAUACUAAGUCUUGAAUUGGAUCAUCAGCGGCGAUGCCCAGCUGUAGAUGGUCCGCCGAAUUUCAAUGUUCUGAAAAAGGCCUUGACGCGUUCCUGUGCAAUUUGGAAUGAGGUGCGGAACUCCUCUUCCGAUGCUAAAAGAACGUACCAAACACUCUCCGAUAUGCUCCUGACGUUCGAAGUCGUAAAUAGUACCCCAAAACCAUCCUCUGUCGGGGGAUCCGAAUUGUAUGCUCAGUCAGGUUGCCUAACUGAAGAAAAGCUGCCAGAGCCACAAAACUGGGAGUUCUCCAAUGACAUGGAUAUAGAUUGGGCUGGGUGGGAUUCUUUCAUCGAGGGAAUUGACUUUGAAGGUGCUUAUGAAGAAGGGCUUGGUGGGCCAUGA